AUGUCCCGCCACCGCGUCAAAUCACUCGAAUACGACGACGAUGCCUUUGACGAGGAGGAAGAUGACUACGGCGAGGAGGACCCUGAAGAGCAGGCGCAGCUUGAAGCUUAUACAAACCAAGUACUCAAUGAGCUUCGCACGGGGCAACCGCCCGUGACAACUGCGUCGCGACAAGAGGUCCAGGAAGCGCUGUGGCAUUACUAUAACGACGUUGCAAAAUCUGUUAACUAUCUUCGUGGCAAGAAGGUGAAGGAGAUCAACAAAAAGAAGGAAGCGGCGUCCACGUCAAAGUCGAAGGCAGCAGCGGUGUCCUCUUCCUACCCCAUUGACUACACGCAAGACCCUUUUCUUCAAUGCUCAGUUCCAUUCUCAGCGGCCGACUUCUUCCGUGAUACGCCGUGGUUGAACGUUCCGCAGCAUCGCAAGGCGGAUAUCAUUAUCGAAUCACUAUAUCCACGUCUGGGACUACCCGGAGGUGCUGCUGCACAGGAAGGAAAGAUGUCCAAGUUGGCUGCCCUGGCAGCGGCACGGAAGAAAAAGAAUAUCGAGAAGCCUUCCGACGGAGCAGAGACACUGUUACAGCCUCACCUCAGUGAACAGAAGCCUACUCCACGCUCGUUGUCAGAAAGGCUGGCAGUAAACAAUACGAGACCCUCUGUCAGGCCUGGGGGACUAUCCGGUAUCACCAGAGAGAGCCGUGGGAAUGGUGGUCGUGUUGCAAAUUCAAAGAGCACCCCAACGGUUUCAGAACCUCAUAAGAAGGCUGUUGCUCAGCCACCGGUUGACAAGGGGAGAAUAGUGCAAGAGACUGCAAAAAGGCAGCAGCCCUGGGAAGACAUGGACUUGUGUGCAGUUCCUUCAACCUUUGCAGCAACAAUCGUCGGAAACGAAAGUCCUUCUAAGACGUUACCUGGACCUAGCCACCUAUUCGGCAGCAGUUUUGAUGUUAUGCAUAUUUACCAGCAGGACAUGACUGAAGCAUUUGACUUUGCAGGACCCAGCCCCGAUGACGUUGUUCUCAAUGCACAGAGUGCAUCCAAAGGUCUGAAGUCAAAGCAACAGGCUGGCGCCAAAACAUCCGGGGACAAGAAGAAAACUCCGGAGGAUUUGUCGAAUGGAAUAAAAGCAAUGACAGUAGAACCGGUGAAAGUGAAGAGUAAAAAUCUGGACGUUUUGGCAGAAUAUAAAAAGUCGAAGCAAAAGAAAGCAGCAAAUUUUGUAGUUAUUGGACACGUCGAUGCUGGGAAAAGCACCCUUAUGGGGCGUCUACUCGCAGAUUUGAAUGCUAUCGACCAGCGAACAAUGGAUAAAUACCGGCGAGAGGCUGAAAAAGUCGGAAAAGGCUCGUUUGCCUUCGCUUGGGUGCUGGAUCAAGGCUCAGAAGAACGUGCUAGGGGAGUGACGAUAGAUAUUGCGACGAAUAAGUUUGAGACAGAUAAAACGCGGUUUACCAUUGUGGAUGCACCGGGACACCGCGAUUUUAUACCGAACAUGAUUGCUGGGGCUAGUCAAGCAGACUUUGCGGUUCUGGUGAUUGACGCCGGAACGGGGAAUUUCGAGUCAGGCUUAAAGGGUCAGACCAAGGAGCACGCUCUGUUGGUACGAAGCAUGGGCGUUCAGAAGGUUGUCGUUGCGGUCAAUAAGAUGGACAUGGUAUCGUGGUCGAAGGACCGCUUUGAUGAGAUCGAGCAACAAAUCUCGUCGUUUCUGACUACAGCAGGCUUUCAAUCCAAGAACUUGUCAUUUGUGCCUUGUUCUGGAUACCAUGGAGACAACAUCACUACGCGCAGCAAAGAUAAAAACGCCACAUGGUAUACCGGUCCCCUUCUGAUUGAGACCCUAGAAACGUCCGAGCCUUUCUUACAUGCUCUUAAUAAGCCACUGCGUCUUACUAUUGGCGACGUAUUCCGCGGCGGCGUGCAGAAUCCACUCUCGAUCUCCGGGCGUAUUGAUUCUGGAUCUCUACAAGUCGGGGACAGCAUUUUAAUUAUGCCCAGUGGAGAGUCAGCCUUGAUCAAGAGCCUGGAAACUGAUGGAGAGCCUAGUGAUUGGGCUGUGGCAGGCCAGAAUGCAGUUCUGCAUCUUGCCAAUAUCGACCCGGCUCAUCUCAGGUCAGGGGAUAUUGUUUGCAACCCUCAAUCUCCGAUCCAGAAUAUUCAAAGCUUUACUACCAAGGUGCUUGCAUUCGACCACUUGAUGCCGAUGCAGGUAGACGUCCAUCGAGGUCGACUGCACAUCUCAGGCCGCAUUAGUCGUCUCGUUGGCACGCUGGACAAAAGCACAGGGGCUAUCGCCAAAAAGAGACCGAAGAUUGUCCCUCCAGGGACUGUUGCAAGGGUUGUUGUGGAGAUGGACCAUCCUGUGCCCCUUGAAGCCCCUGCAAGAAUUGUGCUCCGUGCUGCGGGCAGUACUGUGGCGGCCGGACUGCUAGAGUGA